AUGGGGAGAGAACCUGUAGCAUGGCCGCAUCUAUCAAGGUUAGACCGAUUAACUCCAACGCCGGCAGCUACUCGGCUGCAGAACUGCAUAUCGGCCCACAAUAGCCAUAUCGGCAUGAACUCGACGAAAAACCUACUGAUCAGCGAACUGCGCCAGCAAGAAUGGAUCUUCAUCCCUGGUGGCCGAGUUUCUGCGUUCAGAACCUCGGGAUCUUCCCAUUUCGGAAAUGUAGGGCUGGGCCAGCAUCACGUGACACAUACUUGCCCCCGAAAGGAAUGCUUCGAUACAGGAACGGGGAAGGCUUUUUGUCAUCGAUCGUCCUAUAGCUUGCUGAAUGAGACCCGAUCCUGCAGGAGAGAGACUGGGGCAUCCCUAGAGUAUACAAACAUUUAUCCGAAUGCAGAACCUGGACGGCAUCAUCGCGAUCAACAUGCCCCCGGUUCCAGGUAUCAUGGAGUUGAAAAUAGAACCAUUGAGGAAAACAAGCUAUCCACUAGGAUCGAAAGCAAUAUCGAAUCUAACGACAAGCUCCAAGAUGGGGGGCAUCAGAAACUAUAA